AUUGAUUUCUUUGAUACAGUCAUCCAUCCAAGCCCUAACACUUCUGUGAGGCAUCUGUUGACCAAUCUAGAGACUGCACUUGCAAGGGGAGAUGAUGAUUUGGCAGCAGCACAUGCUAAGCAACUUGCAGCAUUGAAGGUGAACUGUGCUGUGAUUGAAAUGAAGAAACAGGGAGGAGUGGCACAGACCAAAACUGAACACACUAAUAACCUGGUGCCAUCACCUGCUGAUGUGGUUAAGGUGAAUCUGUUCAUAGAAGACAAAGAUUCUCAGUAUGGACCGAUUCUGUUGACAAUGUCCAAGUCGUAUCAAUUAAGCCAAAUCAAGGAAAAAAUUUUCCAAGAUCUUGGUGUUCCCCACCAUCAGCAAAGAUGGAUCAUUGGAAAGCAGCUGGCAACAGAGGACAGCAAGACAUUAUUGCAGUAUGGAGUGAACGGAGAUUCUACAGCCAUUUACCUUUAUGUUCUUGCAGGGUCUGUGUCAUGUAUGAAUGAGACAAAAGGAGCAGCCAAGACAUCACAUCUGAAGGAGCAGUCACCUGUUGUGAAAAUCAUCACACCCUCACAAUCAGGAAAAUAUGGUGGGAGUGAUCAGAAGUAUGGGAAAAGUCCUGAAGUGAGGAGAGAAGAUUCACAUGAGGCCACACAAAGAAAAGAAGCUUUGGUUGCUGAAAAUGAAAUUGAAGCUCCAGGUUUCAAUGGUGAAAGUAAUCCAAUGUCUUCCCAAGACCCUAAUAAAAUCAGAAGCUUCCAAGUUGGAGGAGAAACAAAAGAAGCUGUGGUUUUUGGAGGGAUUAGAAAAAAAGAUGAUAGGGUUUCUCUACAAAGUCAUGAUCAGGAAGCAAUAAAGAAUGGUGGCAUUGCAGAUGAAAAUGGAGUGGAUGGAGAAAAAAAGGAAUCUGAAGUCAUGAAGGAAUAUGAAGAGAUACUUCAGUUGGAAGGUCAAGCAGUGGUGUUGGUGAGUCCAGAGGUGUACCAGAGGUACUUGAAUUUGUCUCUGAGACAGGUGGAAUCAGCUGCUUCAAACACUUUCCACUGCCAGACCAAAGACUGUCCAGGGUGGUGCUUCUAUGAAGAUGAUGUUCAGCAUUUCAAGUGCUCAACUUGUGGCAGGUCCAAUUGCCUGUCAUGCCAGGCCAUACAUGAGGGUCAAAGUUGCCAUGGGUAUCAGAUGCAUGUAGCAAUUGAUGCAGCUGAAGAUGAGGAAGCUCAGAAGACUGUAGCCUUCUUACAGGAAAUGCUGACUAGAGGAGAUGCUAUGACAUGCCCCACAUGCAAGGUUGUGAUUCUUCGAAAAUGGGGCUGUGAUUGGCUCAAAUGCAGUGCUUGUCAAACUGAGAUAUGCUGGGUCACAAAAGGUCCCCGUUGGGGCCCAAAGGUUGGAAAGGCACAUCAUCAAAGAAGAGGAAGCAUGCCCUCUGCUGCUGCGGCCAAGCUUGAAAAGCAACCUUCUACCGAGGGAGGUGAUCCCAUCAAGCAAGUCAUCACCCUCGUUGACAAAAAAGUUCGAAAUCUCGAAAAGAGAAAGGGAAAGCUAGAUAUCUACAAGGAAGAGAGCCAACAAGGGAAGGAAUUGAAUGAAGAUCAAAGGGCAGCAGUGGAGAAGUAUGGAGAAGUGGUGCAAACUCUGGAAUUUGCCAGAGAGCUUCAUAAACAAUUCACUACAAUCCAGAAUGAGCAUACCAAGGCAGUGAAGAAGCAGAUCAAGAAAGAACAACUCGAGAAGCAACAGAAUGACAUCCUGCGAUUCAAGAUCUCUCUCGUUGUUCAGGAUGUGCUCAAUAAUAUGGGGAAUGAGAAUGCCAGGGAGGAUUUUCUACGAGGUGCUAAUGGUGCUUGCAAGCUUUCUCAAGUUCAGUUGGAUUGCCUGGAUGAACUGUAUAAAUUGCUCUAUCCAUCAAGAGAUUCUCUUGAGAGUGGGCAAUCUCUUGAGAUGGAAUUUGCAAGUGCAGCUGAGCAUAUGUAUUGGCUUGUGGAGGGGAAAAAGAAGGAAGUUCUUGGUUCCACUUAUCGAGACAUAAAAGACACCAUCCUCAAGAUUUAUGAGUGUGGGUACUUCAGUGUUCCUUCAUCGGCUCCCUGUCAAGUUGUGAAUCAUGUGGAGGAGGAUGAUGAUGAGAAGGAAGCACAUCAAGUUGGCAAAGAAGAUACAAAGCUAGAAAGGAAGGAAGAAGAGAGACACUCCUCGGGAGGUUCAUCUAUUGGUGAAGAUUUAGAAGAGCCAGUUACCAAUUCUAGUGGUCAGUUGCCUCAGUCACAAAGGGUUGUCAUCCCUGGUCCCCCUGAUACUGUUAGGUCAGCACAUCUUCAAGCUCAGUCGGAUCUGCCUCAAGCUGUUGUUUCACAACACGAUUCCUCUCUUUUCAGUGCGGAAGCACCAUAUGGGAACCAGGUCAUGAAUGCAGCAAAGGGAAACUUCACGUUUCUUCAUGAGUCACAACUCUUGGAAGCUCACGUGGACCCAACAGUGGUAGCAGCUCACCUUUUACCUCGAGCUGGGACACCAGGAACUACUGGCCUGCCAACACAAGUGGGAUCUCCAUCAACUGCUGCUGCAAUUGCUCCAACUUCCAUCCCAUCUCAGACUUUCACAAACCAAAGCUUUUCCUCACUCCCAAUACAUGGGAUGCCCCACAGCCGUAUUGAUCCAACUCCAAAUCCUCCCCCUCCCAUACCUCUUCCACCUUGUAGUAAUAGUUCUCCUCCAUUUUCAUCACUUACACCAUCAGCCCCAAGCCCCUUCCCCACAUCAGCCUCACCUUUUGCCUCACUCCCAGAUUCAACUUCUCCCAAAUUGGAAUACACUGGCUACACACCACCUGGUUUUGGGACUUACACUACGCACCACUCGACUACAACAUCUGCAACAUCUGGGGCUAGCAGUUUUGUCAAUGGACCAGGACCAGGAAGUGGAGAGCAUUCCUGGAAGAAGCCUGAAAGGGAUGUGCAAGAAGGAUGGGAUGCUGGGGACCGGAACAUUGGAGGGAAAUGGGCAGAUGAUUGGAAAGGAAAGAAGGAAGAAACAAAUCAGAACUGGAAUGUUGGACAUUGGGAUGGGGGGGAUGCAACAAGACCAGAUCGUAAGGAAACAGAAGGAUCUUUGAAGCCAUCAUCUACUUCGUGGGCUGAUGAACCAGAUGAAGUCUUGGGUGCUUCCCCUUCUUAUCGCAAGUUCCCUGAUGAGGAGUUUGAAGGUCGGAAUGGAUUUGGAAAUCGAACGAGAGGUCGGGGUGGAGGAAGCAAUUCUGGGAGAGGAAGAGGCAGUGUGAAUGGCUUCUCUAGAGGAGGAGCAAAAUCUAUGCAUGAACGAUCUGGAGAUGAACACUCAUGGAGUGAGGUUCAGGUACUUCAUGGCUGGAAGAGAUCACAGAGAAUAAUGCAAAUGAAUGAGACAUCAGUGGCUGAAGAACCAGGUCGCAAGGCCUCACUUGAGGAUUCCUGUGAUAUUGUCAAAGCUACACAGCAUGGAUUUCAUCAAAGAUGUGUGAAGUUGAUAGAGGAUGGAGUAAAUGAUAUCAAUGAACGGGAUCCAGAAAACAUCACUCUCCUCCACUGGGCUGCUAUCAACAAUCGCUUGGACAUCGCAUUGUUUUACAUAUCAAGGGGAUCUGUUGUGGAUGCACUUGGAGGGGAACUUGACUCAACACCACUCCACUGGGCUACAAGACAAGGACACUUGUCCAUGGUGGUCCUCCUGAUGAAACAUGGAGGAGAUCCAACACUGAGGGAUGGUGAAGGCUUCUCCUGCAUACAUCUGGCUGCUCAGUUUGGCCAUACAGCUAUUGUAGCUUACCUUGUUGCCAAAGGUACAAAUGUGGAUCUGAGAGAUCGCAGUGGGAUGACCCCUCUCAUGUGGUGUGCACUUCGCACCUGCAGUCUGGAUCCCACUAGGCUUUUGUUGACAUUUGGGGCAAAUAUGAGUGCCCAGGAUCACAUACACGGAAACACUCCUCUUCAUUGGGCAUUCCGAUCCAAAAAUACAGUGGCUCUCAGCCUCUUGCUUGACCAUGGAGCUGACAUCAACAUACCCAAUCACUUGGGAGAAACAGGUCUUUCCCUUAGCAAAGCCAUUACUCUCCCAGGCAUCCAAGAGAGAAUUACAAAGCAUGCUAAUUCUCCCCAUCCGUAUCGAAUCUCAUCCUGCACUCGUGAUAAGAGAGUGCGAUAUUGGAGUAUGGCCAUAUCUCCUUUCCUUCUGUAUUAUGCUGUUGGUCUAGUCCUGGAAUUGGAUAUGGAUUACUUGUUGAAGUUCGGUGCAUUUGUCCUCUUAUACCUCUGUGCUUGGGGAGUUUUCCAUUUUUUGUUUGAUUCUCGCAUGGGAGAUGUCCUUCCUAUCUCCCUCUACCUUUCAACCAAGGUAUGGAUGUAUGUGACAUGGUUAGGAUGGAUUCACCCUCAUGUAGGAUGGGGUGUAAGCUUCCCAUUCUUGGCUGCAUCUCUUCUGCUUUGGUAUUGCUUUAUCCUAUCAUGGAAAACUGACCCUGGCAUCAUACAAUCUAGUCAUGAUGAGAAAAUGCAGACAAUAAUAGAGUUGGCUGAGAGAAAAGGAUUUGAGCCACACUGGUUUUGCAGCACCUGCCUGGUGAAGAAACCUCAAAGAUCCAAGCAUUGCAGUGUCUGCAAUCAUUGCAUUGCUAAAUUUGAUCAUCAUUGUCCAUGGGUCAAUAACUGUGUUGGUGCUGGGAACCACAAAUUUUUUGUGGGUUUCCUCAUGUGUCUGUUUGGAAUGUGCCUUUUCUUCCUGUAUGGGAGCGGCUUAUACUUUGCAUCUCGUUGCACCCAUCACAUUGCCCCUCUC